UCACUACUCACAGUAACCUCAACUCCUGCCACAAUGUAUAAGAUGCAGCUCUUGUGUUGCAUUGCACUAACCCUUGCACUCAUGGCAAACGGUGCACCUACUUCAAGCUCUACAAAGAACACAAAGAAACAACUGGAGCCAUUGCUGCUGGAUUUACAGUUGCUUUUGAAGGAAGUUAAGAAUUACGAGAAUGCUGAUCUCUCCAGGAUGCUCACAUUUAAAUUUUACAUGCCCAAGCAGGCUACAGAAUUGAAACACCUUCAGUGUUUAGUAGAAGAACUCAAAGCUCUGGAGGGAGUGCUAAAUUUAGGUCAAAGCAAAAACUCUGACUCAGCAAAUAUCAAGGAAUCAAUGAACAAUAUCAACGUAACAGUUUUGGAACUAAAGGUAAGAUAUUACUUUAUUUGCUCUCCUGGAAAUAAAAUAAAUGGAAGGGCAUUUCAAGGAGGUAUAAAAUUUUUGGUAUUUGUGAAGUACUCAUGUAUUCUAAGCGCACUGUGAACAUUAAGUUAUUUUUACGUUAGGUGAUAAAUUGUGGAGCUGGGAAGUGUUUUAGAGAGUUUCCACCUACCAUCUACUCAGGGACAAGCCCCCACCCCUGUACUCUGUCACCUCUCACAUUAACACAAAACUGGGGGGUGGAAGAAGACACUGAAUUGAAUUCCACAGAAAACAGACAAGUUUCAUUAUAUUUUUUU